GCUUCCCGGCCCCGCGCAGCUUUGUUCCUUCGGGCGGUCGCCGCCUCCUCGCCCGGCCGGUGCCCCCGGCCCCGGGCGCUUUGUCUUUCCCCGCUGCCCCCCGCGACUCUCUACCCCCGGCCCUUUGUUUCACCGCCUUGGGCGCUUUGUCCGACCCGUCGCGCCCCGUAUCCCUUUUCCAUCUCCUCAUCUCAGCUGUCCUUCCUCCCGUGCCCCUUUGUUGUGCCCUUCUCUACUCGGUAGCUCCGUGACCUGCCAUAGCCCAGGCACCAGAUUUCUGCCUUUUAAUUUUUCUUCCGUUUUCUCACUUGUUUUCCUCUCACCUUUCCGUUUGGCACUUGAUCACCCCCAGAGUCUUUGUCUCCCCCAUCCAGUGGCUUAUUCGCUUGGCAUCCCCCUUUCCCUCUCAUCAUCGGUUGAUUUAUCCACUACCCACGGAGUAUGUCGGCUGAACUGUCUCAGCCUCGGGGACUCCAUCUGGUGCUCCUGCGAGCAGACAGACCCUACGAAAAUUUGGUGAGCGGCCUCCACCUAAACGACUCACUAGUAAUAUUUAUAUUUUAUUUUAGGGAAGCUAUGCGAAAUUACUUAAAGGAGCGAGGGGAUCAAACAGUACUUAUUCUUCAUGCAAAAGUUGCACAGAAGUCAUACGGAAAUGAAAAAAGGUUUUUUUGCCCUCCUCCUUGUGUGUAUCUUAUGGGCAGUGGAUGGAAGAAAAAAAAAGAACAAAUGGAACGUGAUGGUUGUUCUGAACAAGAGUCUCAACCAUGUGCAUUUAUUGGAAUAGGAAAUAGUGACCAAGAAAUGCAGCAGCUGAACUUGGAAGGAAAGAACUAUUGCACAGCCAAAACUUUGUACAUAUCUGAUUCAGACAAGAGAAAGCACUUCAUGUUGUCUGUAAAGAUGUUCUAUGGCAACAGCGAUGAUAUUGGUGUGUUCCUCAGCAAGCGGAUAAAAGUCAUCUCCAAACCUUCCAAAAAGAAGCAGUCAUUGAAGAAUGCUGACUUGUGCAUUGCCUCAGGAACAAAGGUGGCUCUGUUUAAUCGACUUCGAUCCCAGACAGUUAGUACCAGAUACUUGCAUGUAGAAGGAGGUAAUUUCCAUGCCAGUUCUCAGCAGUGGGGAGCAUUUUACAUUCAUCUCUUGGAUGAUGAUGAAUCAGAAGGAGAAGAAUUCACAGUUCGUGAUGGCUACAUCCACUAUGGACAGACAGUCAAACUUGUGUGCUCGGUUACCGGCAUGGCUCUCCCCAGACUGAUAAUUAGGAAAGUGGAUAAGCAAACCGCAUUACUGGAUGCAGAUGAUCCUGUAUCACAACUCCAUAAAUGUGCAUUUUACCUUAAGGAUACAGAAAGAAUGUACUUGUGCCUUUCUCAAGAAAGAAUAAUCCAGUUUCAGGCCACUCCAUGCCCAAAAGAACCAAAUAAAGAGAUGAUAAAUGAUGGAGCUUCCUGGACAAUCAUUAGUACGGAUAAGGCAGAGUAUACAUUUUACGAGGGGAUGGGCCCUGUCCUUGCCCCAGUCACCCCUGUGCCUGUCGUAGAAAGUCUUCAGUUGAAUGGCGGUGGGGACGUAGCAAUGCUUGAACUUACAGGACAGAAUUUCACUCCAAAUUUACGAGUGUGGUUUGGGGAUGUAGAAGCUGAAACUAUGUACAGAUGUGGAGAGAGUAUGCUCUGUGUUGUCCCAGACAUUUCUGCAUUCCGGGAGGGCUGGCGAUGGGUCCGGCAGCCAGUCCAGGUUCCAGUAACUUUGGUCCGUAAUGAUGGAAUCAUUUAUUCCACCAGCCUUACCUUUACCUACACACCGGAACCAGGGCCACGGCCACACUGCAGUGCGGCAGGAGCAAUCCUUCGAGCCAGUUCAAGCCAAGUGCCCCCUAAUGAAUCAAACACAAACAGCGAGGGAAGUUACACAAAUGUCAGCACAAAUUCUACCAGUGUCACAUCAUCUGCAGCAACAGUGGUGUCCUAACUACCGGCUUCUUGCUGGGACUUAAACUGACUUGAGUGCGGCAAAAUGUUGACAAAAAAAAAAAAAAAAGAAAGAAAGAAAGAAAGAAAAAAAAAAUGAACAAUCUUUUGUGGUUUCUUGGGAAAACUUUUCAUACCAGGUGAUACUGUUCAGAAACCCCAUUACCUACAAGUGCUGAUCUGAAGUGCAGAAGCCGCAGUAAAGCAAACAAAACGUCGAAAUGUACAAACUAUUGGGAAUCGAUUGUUUUCGGCUGUUACUCUUGUUUGGUUGGUUUUUGUUUGGUUUUGUUUAAAUGGGCAAGAAAUAGAGAUGUGGCUGGAAUAAAAGUUAAUCAAACUAGAAGACACAAAUCUAACAUAGUUUUUACGGACCAAGGAACUUGUAUAAGCUUUAGCAAAAGGUACAUUUUCACCAUACCUUUUUUUAUAUCACAGUAUAUAGUACACCUUUGUUACCAAAUAGGUCCCUCUCCUCCCCACCCCGUCUGAGCUUUUGCUCUACAGUACAUUCAAGUUCCAAGCCUGACCAUGCUUGUUUAACCUAAUUACCAUAUUCUUCCAGGUUUUUUUUGUUUGGUUUAAGGCUGGAACUGAUCUUUUUAUUUUAUUUUAUUUUUUUAAAGCUGAUGUCUUAUGACUUUUCACGAGUCAAAAUUGUUCUGAUUUCAGCAAGUCAAAUCUUGUAAAGGCCCGCCUAUUUUUUUUUUUUUUUUAAGAUUAUAUGAAGUCUGUGCAAAAGCUUUAAAAAAAAUGCCUCUGCCUUGCCUGCAGUACAUGCAAUGUAUGUUAACUUAGUCUCUAUUCUCAGACACUGUUGGUAGUUCUUUCCUUGUUUUCCUUUUUUUGUUGUUGUUGUUGUUCUAAAUGUAUUUAUAGUGGUAUUCCAAGAGGUUCUAAAAUUUCCGUGGAAUUAAAUGUGGCCAUUUAGUCAUUAAUGAAUUCAUGGUGCAGAACAUGUUGGUAUUUGAAGUGUUCUCUCCCCUUUGCCCAUGUGUAAAUGUAUCUACAUGUUCCAGAUUCGUUCAGGUCCCCCCGCCCCACUCCUAAUCUUGUACAUAACUUGUAUUAUGUGUAAGUUAAACAUUUUAUUUUGAACUUGGAAUGUUCCCAGUGAUCUCCUUCAGCAGGGUGUUUUCCGCCUUGUUAGCAUAGGACAAAAAAAAAAAAAAAAUCAUGAGAAGUAUUUGCUACCAGCUGGUAGAUGGUGCCCUUAUUGUAUAAUGAGAAAAUCUCAGCAAAAGCAUGUGUUUGUUUACUUAUUUUUUUUUAUUUUAUUAUUAUUAUUAUUUUUUUGGUAGCCUAGGUCAAAACAUCAUUGUAACCUUGAAACAAGAUGCUUUUAUUAGAUGACCAACUCAAAUAGCUUGGAAGACAGUACUUUAGAACAGAUAGUUGUGAGAUUGUAAAAACUGCAAAUGCAAUUAAUCUUUUCAUCUCUCUCCUGACUUCUGUGUCUUCUCUUCUCCAGUGCUGAGUGUCUCCACAGAUGUCUCCUACUCAGAAGACAUUUCUUUUCCAUUCAGUUAAGAUUUCGUUGCAUUCGGGUUGUGUGUUGGCCCUUCCAUGCUAUAGGCUCACCGGUUUUUCCUUGCUUCCAUUCCUGCACUCUGGUCAGGCCUUUGUUCAGUUUCUUAGAAAUUGCAGCCGACUCACCGGGCUACAUUUAGUACAGGAACCAUGUGUGUGAUGUUCUAGGACACAGUCUAGUACUACAAUCAUUCUUUCUAGAGUUCAAAACUACCUCUAGAGUGUGGUAAGCUUUUACUGUCCCAUAAAACAGGAGCCACAAGUACCUUAUGAAUGCAAAACUAACUUCCCACAGUGUUGCCAUACAGAACAUUGUCUUUCUGGUGUCAUGGGCUGUUUUGAAAACGUCUUCAUCGGUAGACUUUGUAAACAUUAGUAGCUUUCCCCCUCUCCCCAGCUUUGUUAUCUUCAUCAACUCAUUCUUUUGCUCAGACUGUGUCAUUGUAAAUACAAUUCCUAACUUCUCUAAAUCACCUUUUCCUCAGUUUUCAAGGAGGAAGUCACUUGUAAAACACAUUACUGGUUAAAUCAGAGUUAUUGUGGUUUUAUCGUACUGCAAGCCUUUUUAAUUACUCACAGGCUGCAUUAUUCUAUAUGUAUAGCCUUCUCUUCAGAUCUGCUCCAGUCACUAGCUUCUCUUGUAAGCUGACCCUGCCUCACACUUCAAAUCUGAUCCAGUGAUCAAGGGCAGAAUUGUGGCCUUACCUUUCUUUGUUUUAACUGUUUACUAGCUCCUUCUUGCAAACUUGCUUAUUUCUGAGUAGUAUUUAUUCUUCUCUGUUGAGUCAUGGAAGUAAUCUUUACACUGCUUUUGGUUCGGAGCGUGGAAAUAUAUUUUCAGUGCCGCUUUACUUCCAAUGGGCCACAAGUUUCCUCCACUUCCCAGGUUUGGUGUUUAGUUACAUACAAAACUAUGUUAAAUUAACCGAUAACAGAUGAGAUACUUUUGAAGAACAGACUAUUCCUUACGUAGCUUUGCAGCUCAAAUUAAUUCUUCAAGUUUAUGGCUUUGUUAAAAUGAACCUUGCUUUUUUACUAUUUAAUUAUACCUUAUUUUGGCUGUUUGUUUCUUUUAAUAAGAUAAUUUUGAAAUACUAGACUGUAAAGCCUUUUCCUGUUUGUUUUUUGUUUGUUUGAAAAGUCCAAGAAUGUACUUCUACAGACAUUUCCCUUGCUAUUUUAUGCCAUUCUGCAUACCACAAACUAAAGACUGAAAUGAUUUCUGUUGUAGCUUAUUUUUUUUAUCAGUAGUUCUUUUGUCAGCUGCUUUAAAAAAAAAUCUUUAUGGAUUUGUAAAUCAUUUUCAGUGUAUAAUUUAUAGGAGCCUUGUCCUCUGGUUAUAGUAGAAUACAGCCCCUCCUCCGAUGGCAUUAUUAGAGAUGCUAGAUGCUCUUCUUAGAAUGGUGACCACUUCAGUUAGAAAACAUUCGAGUUUUGGGUUGUUUCUGGUUUUUUAAAAUUCUGUUUUAGAAGGGUAUCUUGUGCUCUCGUGAGCUAUGCAAUUUCUAAAAAUAUGCUAGAAGCUGAGUCCAUGAUCCAGUCUGUUUUUUUAGUUCCAUCGAAUUGAUCACAUAGAUUGGGAAGGCAAGUUAAAGGCUUUAAAUGCAGAAUGCCCUUUUGAUUUUGAAUGAUUUCAGAAUCGAACACUAGUAUAAUAUUUAACCUGCUGCUGACUUUUCUUCAACUGUGGCAACUAAAGGCAUCCUCAUAUAUGUGUUAGUGAAAUAUUUAUCCCUCUUCUGCACAGACUUAUUUGCGAUCAUAACUGGUUAGUUUUCGUUUUUGUUUUUGUUUUUAAUGAAACUGGUACCAUCUGUGCCCUCACAGAAUAUUCCCCAUGCAGUUUUUGAGAACUAAACUCGUCCUGUUUAACCAGAUAAUCCACGGGGUGGGGGAGGGGGGUUCCUUUUUUAAACAAAAUGCUAUUCAAUUAUUAACCAAGUUACUUACUUUUGAUUUCAAAAGCAGCUGUGUUUUCUAAUGAGUGCUGAACAAAUGUGUGUUCGGUACUUCUGAUUUUGUUU